AUGGCCGAGACUGCCGCCCAACCCAGCUGCCCGACCUUCAAGCUCGUGCUUGUCGGUGACGGUGGUACUGGAAAGACUACCUUCGUCAAGCGCCAUUUGACCGGAGAGUUCGAGAAGAAGUACAUUGCGACGCUCGGUGUCGAAGUCCACCCACUCGCUUUCACCACCAACCUUGGCCCCAUCCAGUUCGAUGUCUGGGACACUGCAGGCCAGGAGAAGUUUGGUGGUCUCCGUGACGGAUACUACAUCAACGGCCAAUGCGGUAUCAUCAUGUUUGAUGUGACCUCGCGUAUCACAUACAAGAACGUCCCCAACUGGCACCGUGACUUGGUCCGUGUCUGCGAGAACAUUCCAAUUGUCCUCACCGGCAACAAGGUCGACGUCAAGGAGCGCAAGGUCAAGGCAAAGUCCAUCACCUUCCACCGAAAGAAGAACCUCCAGUACUACGACAUCUCGGCCAAGUCCAACUACAACUUCGAGAAGCCUUUCCUCUGGCUCGCCAGGAAACUGGUCGGCAACCAGUCUCUGGACUUUGUCGCCGCUCCCGCUCUUGCGCCCCCCGAGGUUACCGUCGACCAGGCUGUUCUCGAGCAGUACCGACAGGAGAUGGAGAACGCCGCUCAGAUGCCUCUGCCCGAUGAGGAUGAUGCCGACUUGUAG